AUGCUCGUGCGAAUUAGAAGGGAGCAACGGUACUCUGCCGUGAUAAAGGGUCAUUUGCACACGGAAGGUUCAUUCGGAAAAGCGAAAGCAUCGAGACUCAGCAAUGAUUCCUCCAUCCUCCAGGCAGAACUGUUCGCCAUUCGAUCAGCAUUGACAUAUGCACUCUUCUGUACAAAAUCUACAGUAUGUAUUUUCACGGACUCCCUCUCUGCCAUUCACACCUUACAGAACCGUGCUCACUUGGACAAUGUUUACUUAGCAACAUCAACUCUGUUCAAGCUACAACAGCUGACUCAACAAGGCAAGAAGGUCCGAAUAAUGUGGAUUCCCAGUCAUGUCGGAUUAGAAGGCAAUGAUCGUGUAGACUCAGCAGCCAAAUCCAGCCUCCACCAAACUCACAUACAGCCGAUUAAACCAAGCAUCAGCCAAAUCAAAAACAGAGCCAAGAUUACUGCAAAGCAAAUUACACUCAUCCAACACCAAGUCUGGGUUCAAGCAGGUUCACCUUCGGCGACCUGGUACAAAACUGUCACUGAAUACGAAACCAUCACCAUCCCCCGUUCCAUGUCUAGGAAGGAUGCUGUUAUCAUCCACCGGCUACGGCUAGGCUAUCCUUGUAGCUGGGAGAUUGAUGAACGAGUGCCAAAAGAGUGCAAUUAUUGUCAGACUGUGGUGAGCUAUCCACUAACACACUACCUACUAGACUGUCAGGCACUCUAUCACAUUAGACCCCACAAUUUCAGGGAUGUACCAAACAGAGAAACCUCACAGAGAAGCACUGUAGCAGCAACUUAUGCCCGCACCAUACUUGAAUCAGAGGAAUCUUUCAAAACAAUCUCUGUGGCACCUCCCCCAAGAUAG